AGCUUGGAAAAAAAGAGAGAAAGAAGAAAAGGAGGAGGAGGAGGAAACCUGGUGUUUCUCUUCUUCAGAGGCAUUUGACUGGGAGUUUAUGGAGGCUGCAGUCGUGGAAAAUGAAGAUCUCCUCUGUGGUCUUCGCUCUCCUGUCCCGAGCGCUGCUUGGAGAUUUGUGUUUGGCCAUCAACGUCACCAUCACGCCUUCCCCCUUCACGGUGGCCCAGGAGGGUCAAAAUGUCACACUCUCCUGCGUUGUGUCCCAGCGGCGUCGGAACGCUGCCUUGCCGGUGGUGAAAUGGAGCUUCCUGCCGGAGGGCACGGACCGGCCGCAGGACGAACUCCUCGUCGCCCGCGUCAACAUGAGGAAGGCCCGUUUCUAUGGCAACUACACCAAGAGUUUCCCGUGGCCCAAACUGAAGCUGACGGUGGUGAAACAGGGGAAGAUAUUUGACCUGGUCAUCCUGAAUGUGUCCGAGGGGGACCGGGGGCUCUACAUGUGCCGGGUGCAGGAGUUUAGGAAGCAGCAGGAGCGCUGGAAGGCCUCCUCCAACUGCACCGCCGCCACGGAGCUCAGGGUGCACGUCCUACCAGCCGCCAAAGCCAAAGAAAGCUUGUGGAAUUUGUUCAAAGAUGUGUAUCUGUGUGCAGUGCUGAUCUGCUCCGUGGGUCUACUGUGCAUGUGUAUGUUCACAGUGACAGUGACCUGCCAGUACAUACAGAGGAGGAAAAGGUUAAAAGAUAAUUACCUUUUGGUCAAAAGCCCUCACAACAGCUCUGGAGACACAGACACCAGUGGGAUCAACGUGUCUCCUGCUCUGCCCAAGAAGGAGAGGAGAUACAGGAAGAAACGGAGCAGAGACUACCAAGAGGAGAUACCCCCAGAGAUACCAGCAAAAGCUCCCAUUGGAGAUAAAUCACGGAAACCCAAACUUUUAAGACCGCAACCAAGGAAAUUACUGCUGCCGAAGAUAGUGGAGGAGAAUUUGACUUACGCAGAACUGGAUCUGGUGAAGCCAAUUCCUGAAAGCAAGGCGUCGUGCAGCGGCACCGUGUACGCCCAGAUACAGUUUGGGGAGCAGCAGCUAUGAAAUGAACACACAUAAACAACACUAAUACCUGUGCCUUGUGUAAAAAGUAUUGUUUUUAUUUAUUGUCUGCAUUAUUUUGUAUUCAAAUACUUUGUGAAGGGGAAAAUGUUUAAUGUGUCAAAGUGAUGACACAACUGUAUUUUUUUUUCUCUGUUAUGACUUUUAUAAGAUUAGGAUACAAAAGGACAUGUUUCCCAUGCUGACGUAUUUCAUGUAGAAUGUGUCUUUUGCACACACAUUUCAAUCAUGUGUAGCAUGUGAAUUCCCUCAUUGUGGGACUAAUAUAGGAAUAUCUAAUAAAGUGUAAUAUCUUAAACUGUGGAACACGGUAGAGGAAUGUACUUGUUUAGAUUCAUACAUCCAGUACGGAAACAGCAGCAAAUCAAAUUCCUUCAGCCUGUGGUUAUCACAGCCACCGAGAGGCCAGUUUACUCCUUGCUGUGGUGAAAUGAGAAAUGAGUUGCUAACGAUGCUACUUAGGCUGUUUAAAUCAAUCAACAAGACAUUUUUGGGGGGAAAUGCGUAUUUGCUUUCUUGCCAAAGGGUCAAAGACACUUUUUAAACACCCAGCGGUGAUUAGCGUAGCUUAGCAUAGGAGUGGAGUCUUGGAGAAAACAGCUGCCCUGUCUCAAACUAGCUAGCUGGCUGACAUGACUGGGGAAAUGGCGCUGUUAGUGUUGACCUGUUGUUUACCAUUAAAACCAUUUGUUGACUCCCACACUCCCAACUCCCGACCAUAUGCGUAUAAAUAAAACAAAGUUAGCUAAAUGAAACAAAUUUAGCUAGUGUGUUUUUUAACGUUGAAAGAAAAAAGCUUGCUUCUCCCGACUGCUAUGCUCAAUGUACCAACAUGUUAUGUAUCGCUCAUCUAAGCUAAUUCCCAAAAGUUUGAAAUAUAUUUUGAAAGCUGUAUGUAAUAACUAAACUAUUUAGAUGCUACCACUACAAAAGUAAGUCAAGCACCUAUAUACUGAUACCUGUGAUAUCUUUGAGUCUUUGGCAUAUCUUAGGUGGAACUUCACUAUGGGAAGCAUUUUGUCAUGGAUUUUAACCAAUGCAUUUUCUAAUGUGACUUAUGUAUAGUGUGUUCCCAGUGUUAUCUGCAUCACAAAUUCAGUCUGUUUCUAUGUGUAAGUCUGCACUAUAUUAUAACCACAACUCCACAGACUCUUUUAAUGAAGCAAUUAGCCCCCCCCCCCCUCCUGUAGGAAAUACUGAGACCAUGCGAGCCGUUUCAUCUGGUGCCAACAUUGACUUUACAGGCUGUUAGAGACACCCUAAAAUAUACAUACAAAGGAGUUAGAUAAAGGCUAAACAUGCUGCUUGACCUUGCAUACUUAUAUGCUGCAAAUAAUUGUGACACCUGAUUGACAGACAAACCAGAGGCUGAGUUAAGACCAGUGUCUGGAAAAUUUCUCAUUAAUCCUUCGAGCCUUGUGAUUUUGUGGUUUCCCACAUACCUUUGUACGGUCUCCUUGCUUUAUCACUUUCCGUUUAUCUGAGUGUAAAAUUGUUUAAAGACCCUCUUUUUUCCAUUUAAUGAUCCACUGGAUUGAGUCAUGGAAAAGCAAAGGAGAGUUUUUCAAACAUUAAACUUGAAUCCCAGACGGAAAGGCACUGGAUCCCUUCCACUAUCAAAUGUGGAGAUAUCUAUGCUGAUGCAGCUUGCAUGUCUGCUGAAAUUCAAGUUUGCCCCCUUUUAGCUAGCAUGGGUAAAAUCAUUUGACUCUUCUGGAAAAUAUAUAAAUAACAUAAAUGUGGUAUUUAGAGUCAUCAAAAGGAACAGCUGAUAUACAAAUGACAUGUAUUGUACACAUCUGUAGUGAAAAUGCAGAAAAGGUCAAAUAGUGUGUUUAAGCCUCAAUGAGUAGUUUGGCUGACGGCCAAUAUGGCUGCCAGGUAACACUUAAAAACUCACAAUGAAUACAGUACAGGACCACAAGAUCUAUGAACCAUUUUUACAUCAAACUGGUGCUUGUGGAUUUUGAUAUUCUCUGUUCCCCUGCCUAUAUGUUACAUUUCAAUUGAAACCACUAUACACCUCUAUUUGUCCCCUUUCCAGAUCUAGCUUGUUGGUCUGUUCUGUAUGUAGUUAGGUUGUAGAGUGUUUGUUUAUUCGUUUAUGCAAUGACUGAAAGCAACCUUUCAUGCCUUUAGACUGUGAAAUGUAACGUUUCAUCCAGACCACAUUGUCUGUAAUGGGAGUCCACUAACUAGAACCAUGUGCAUGAAUCGGGCCUCUCCCUCUCUUCUUUCAAUCUCCUGGCCCACCAGAGACCCUUCAUGUUCAUGAACCUUGCAGCAUUUCCCAGUCUUGUUGGUUUUGUACAUUUCAUCUGUAUUGGGUGUAUCGGUAGGUGAAAUAAAUGUUGUAAA